UAUAGUGGAGUUUAUUGUUUUAAAAGACGGUUAAUUUAGUCCAAGCUACUUUCGCGCUCAGGUUUCACUAUUAUGCCAGCUAGCCAAUGAGCUAGCCUGAUGUGAACCGAGCCUCGACUGCAGGUGGCAGACCCCUUGCUUCAGCUCUGCGGCGGCAGUCCCGCGUAAUGAGGCUUGUUUUUGAACAGAUCUGACUCUCAACAGAACUGAACCUCGCUAUGUUGAUCACACCGCGUCUGUCCCACAGGAAACUCACUUUAGCGACGCAUUGAUCCGGACGCUUUGAGGAGGUGGGACUGCUACAUGGACUGGGACUGGAGGGGGAAGCCUUGGUCCGAAGGUCAAGUUACAGCCUCAACGCAACAUUCCCCCCGAUGCAGAUAAAGGUUUUUGUCAGGCUGACAUGAGUCGCAUGAGAUGACGAUGGACGUGGUGCGGCUGUUUUGAGGACUACUGCCCGGGACAGGAUUCUUUCACCAUGGGGACUCAGAGGAACGGUUUUAAGAAGGAACAGUUCAUUUUGUCAGUGGACAUCGGUACAACAUCCAUCAGGGGUCACGUCUAUGACAAGGAGGCAAAGAUCCGAGGAUCAUGCACCACCCAGGUUGUUCCCUUGUUUCCAGAGGUUGGACAUGUGGAGAUGGACCCAGAUGCUCUAUGGAAAGGGUUCAUCACUGUGGUCAAGGGAGCUGUGCAAGAUGCAGGUGUGCAAAUGCGCCAGAUAGAAGCCCUUGGCAUUUCAUCUCAACGAAGCACCUUCACAACAUGGGACAGACAAACUGGAGUUCCCUAUCAUAACUUCAUCAGCUGGCAGGACCAGAGGGCAGCGGACCUGGUAAGGUCCUGGAAUAGAUCCUGCACCAUGAAUGCAAUCCAUGGUGUGAUGAAGGUGCUGUAUUUCCUUAGCAGGCAGAAGCGGUUACUUGCAGCAAGUCUUAUUGUCUUCUCCCCUCAACAUGUGACCUUUCGUCUAGUCUGGGUCCUGGCACAUUACAAGCAGGUUCGUCAAGCGGUAACUGAAGGAAACUGCUGCUUUGGAACAAUAGACACUUGGCUACUCUUCAAACUCACUAAAGGACAUGUUCAUGCCACAGAUUAUUCUAACGCCAGUUCAACAGGCAUUUUCGACUCCUAUCAGAUGUGUUGGAGUGGUUUUCUGUGCUCUCUUUUAUCUCUGCCUCUCUCUAUUUUGCCCAAAGUAGAAAACACAGGCCACAACUUUGGUUCCACAGACCAAUCAAUCUUCGGAGUGUCCAUUCCAAUCAUGUCAAUGAUGGCGGACCAGCAGGCGGCCAUGUUCGGAGAAUGUUGCUUCGAUGUUGGUGAUGUGAAGAUCACCAUGGGAACAGGCACCUUCAUGGACAUCAACACUGGAAGCAAACCACAUACAUCUGUAGCAGGUCUGUAUCCUCUGGUGGGAUGGAAGAUCGGCUCAGAGGUGGUUUACCUUGCAGAGGGCAAUUCUGCAGACACAGGCACUGCCAUCAAAUGGGCACAGAAUCUUGAGCUCUUCUCUGACGUCAAGGAGACCAGUGACAUGGCUUACAGUGUCAGUGACUCUGAUGGCGUGUGCUUCGUACCUUCCUUCAGUGGCCUGCAGGCUCCUCUGAAUGACCCUAAAGCCUGUGCCUCACUCAUGGGCCUCAAACCUACAACCACAAAAAGCCAUCUGGUCCGUGCCAUACUGGAGUCUGUCGCCUUCAGAAACAAGCAGCUUUAUGAGACGAUGCUGAAAGAAACUCGGAUUCCUAUCACAAAGAUCAGGGUGGAUGGUGGUGUUUCCGCCAAUGACUUCGUCAUGCAGCUGACUGCGGACCUGUUCGGCAGGAAGGUAGCAAGACGGCAACACCAUGAGAUGUCGUGUUUGGGGGCUGCUCUUGUCGCUGGGCUGGGAGCCGGUUACUGGAGGAGCCAGGGAGAGCUGAAGAAGCUGCAUAGCACUGACAGGGUGUUCUUGCCUCAAGUGGUUCCCAAGGGAGGUGCUGACAGCCGGAAUCGGGAGUACAUCCCCGUCCUCCAGAGGUGGGAGAGAGCUCUCCGACGAUCCAUGAAUUGGUACAACAAACCUUGACAGUGGAGAUCCAGGGAUGGACCACAUUCAAAAUCAGUUUGAAUACCGAUGGUCCAGAACUAACAACAAUUAGCUGCAUCCCUAAACUAGUCCCAGGGUCAAUCUUUGUGUAUCACAAUCUGGUCCAGAUGCCAAAAACUGACAACAGAGAAGCUGAAACGUCAGACACACUGAUGUCAUAGUAUAGCACUGCAGGAGUGUGGAAAAUGUCCACGUUACUAUACUUGAUUGUUUCACACUGUAGCAACAUUUUCAGAUGAAUCCUCUUGUUGUUCUCGAUCUCAGGUCACUGCAGCGUCUUCUUAGUAUUUUAUCCAGAUUGAAUCGUAUUUGUUAUAGUAUUUUUCCACACGGGGGCGCUAAUGACUGACUUUACAGCUUUGUAAUUGAUGGACUUGCCAUAGCAACCACAUGCCACAUGUCAAUAAGGAGCCGCAGAUUAAAAUAAUUCAUCUCAGAUUCACACACGAUCCUCUGCGGAGGAAUAAAGACUGCACUUAGUCUUUCUGCUCUUCAUACCUCAAGAUUCAAAAGGCUCCACUUACAGAAAAAACAACAACAAACCCAUUUUAGUAUUUCCCUUUUUCUUAAACGUGGUAUUUUCUUUAUUAUUUGAAGGUGUGAGUCUUGUUUAGAAACCCAAAUUUGCAUGUUGCCUUUCAGAAAGUAAUAUUGACAUGAAUUGAAGUGACCCAUAACAGAAAUAGGACAUGCUCAAAUUUGUACUAAGUGUUAUUACUUGUCCAUCCAUGUUGUGUAGCCAUUAUUUCAGUUACUAGUGUGUUUUUUGUUGAUUUGUUCCAGCCUUACGUAUUUCUGUGCAGAGGGAUAGCCGCGUUGAUGUCAUAUGAUAAUGUUUUGACUCAAGUCUUUUACCUGACCUGACGAACUCUGAUGACAGAGCUAUCCGAUCUAAUCGUGUUACGAUUGCCUGUACACAACGUGAACUGUGAAGCUCAGUCUAGAAAAGUUCUAAAAUAUAAUUAACCUUUCUUAAUGCUCUAACAUGGUUCUUUGUACUUAUCCUUGUUAUGCAAAGUGACACUAUGGAACAACCACAUCAGAUCAAAAUGACAUUUCAGGUCAUCACAUGUAAGAUUAUCUAAAACUUGAACAUAAACUGCUGGGACAUAACCAAUAAUUAAUAUAUGUAUCAUAUCUGUUACCUAAUUACAGAACAUUCCUGGUAUCUUGUAAGGUGUAAAAGGGCUAGUAUUAAAAACAUGAAUAAUCA